AUGGUCCAGUCACGAGCUGCUCUCGCCCCACCGAUCUCCUCGUUCCCACCCACCGACAUCUUCUACGACUCAGAGAGUGAUGACAGUGACAGUGACGUGGAAGAGUUAUUUGACGCGGGCGACUUCGUUACAGUAGAAGAAGAUCUUUUGCUGGUAAAGCUUCGUUGCUUUCAUCCUAAACUCGACGUACCAGGUCUCUCAUCGGCGUUUCAGCAGAAAUUUGGUGUACAGAGAGACUCUCAAGAGCUCGAGGCGCGACUACAAAAACUACUAACACCUGAGUUUCGAGCUUUGCUCAUUCUAUACCUAAAAUUCUUGACCAUCGCAAAGGAUUCUGGAUCUGGUAUUCUACCCGAAUACCAGUCACUACUUGAAAGCACACGUACGUCGUGUGAGACCCAACUCUUCCAAAUGAUGUACGAUCUGGACAAAUAUCAACACGAAGCAUCCGAAAUGUUAGCAGUCGAGGUGUCGGGUAGAAAUUUUCCGAAGUACACGCGCUCAGUCUCUAAAGCAGAACUUCGUCGUUGUUGCAAGACUAUCGAUGACCUAUUCCGUCGUCAAGUGGAGGGAGAAACGACGGCACCAAACCAGGCCUUCACUCUGUAUGCUGCCCAGACUUUAAACGAGAAGCUACUGAUCACUGACACUGUGCCUCGCUACGAUUCGUGCGCUGUGUUCAACCACUUUGAACAGACAGUAUUUGAUCGACUUAUCUUGUUCGCUAAGGACCCUACUAUCGUCGAACGCUUGGCGCUACAGAGACAACAACAAGUGGAAGCAAACCGCAUCAAACAGCUACUCUCACACCAACUUCGAGCCAUUUUCGAGACACUUCGAGUGAAGCAAGCGGAGAAGCUUGAACAAAUGCAGUUGCAGGAAUUUGAGACUAUAAAACUUCAGCUAGAGAAGAAUCUCGAGGCAGAUCUCCAACAUAUUCGCCAGAUGCAUGCAGCACUUCUCAACCACGAGCGAGCCAAAAUUUACUCGAAAUACGAAGAACAGAAGACUGUGCUGAAUGAGAAAGUGAAGAUUAUGCAACGCGACGUGAUGGCGUUGCAAAAGAAGUGUGACAGCAGCGGCUGGCAUGGACUUGAGCGCAUGAUCAUGACCACGUCACUGCAGGUGGAGCGGAUCUUCGGGUCCAGUGAAUAUCUGCUCCGCCUGCUCAUUCUGGCCGAAGAUAUCGAGGCGGAUUCUUUGCGUCGUGCACUAGUGAAAUACAUUAGCGAACAGGAUAAACUUCCGCAGUUUGUGCUUCGCCGAGAACUUACCAGCAAGAUGAUCGCAGAGACCACAGUGCUAGCUAUUCUCAAAGAGUCAACGACCAAGGAUCUGCUCGAAGUGGCGAGCUAUGGUACGAAUUUUCUUCACCAGGAUCUGGUGUCUCGUGAGCUCCAUACUAGAAAAGUUGAGUUCGGGAGAUUUUUGGCUGGCCUCACCAACGACAGGCUUCGAGCUGCUAGGCGCUAUACUUUGGCGAAGAAACUAACUAGCAACACUGUCACGCGAGACGAUAAUCCAGUAGAUCUAGUGCAUGAAGAUGCAGUGAUACUUGACGAAGAGUUCGAUCGCUUCGCUUCAGCACUGGAGGAUUUUCCUGGGAUCCUGUCACAGGAAUUCACUCGUAGACGUGAAUUCUCGAGUGUGAAAAUGGACAGUACCGAUAUUGAAAAAUAUGUAAGCUUUGCCGCUGAAGACUGCGUGUUGCAACUAGAGGCAUCCCAUCGGUAUUGUACUGUGCAUGCAACGAAGGAGAGGCGACAAGGAGAGUCUGGGAAAUGGAUGUUCGAGGUGACUGUCGACGUUUUCGGCGGAGACGGCGAGAGUCUGCUCAUAGGAUGGGAAGUUCCGCGUACUACUAGCUCCAACAAAGCUCUACCAUCUCCAGAAUCUAAAGACCACGUUGAAGUUGAUUCGAGCUCGACGGUGCCUGGAAUUUCACCUAGUGACGAUGGGCGAAGCUUUGGAGUGACAUGGCAGUCUGACGGUGGUCUCGAUAUGGGAAUGUUUCAUGCUAAUGGUGUAUCCAAGUCAGGAGUACCAAGCUUCCGAGUUGGAGAUGUUAUUGGCUGUACGAUUGACCAAGACGUGGCUGUGCCUCAAUUGCGGUUUUAUCUGAAUGGGGACCUCACCUUGCCGCUGCGUCGUACAGCGAACAAUCAUGUUGGGAUCACAGGAUUGCACGGGUCCGAUACUGCUGAUGUUCCUAGCAGCUUUGGAAUCGCUGUGACGAAUCCAGCGUAUCGACUGGUUCCUGUGGUUUCAAUGUACUCGUCGAGUAAGAAACCCCAAAUGCGAGUUACCUUUAACUUCCGAGGUGACUUCAGGUUUCCAAUUCUAGGUUUUGAUCCAUUUGGUGCCCCACUUUAG